ACAGCCGAGUGGCCGGAGAGCGGGCCUGGGCGGAGGCGACGGGCGCCGGGGCGAGUGAGGCCGGGAGGGUGCUGGCGCCCGGGCCUGGUGCUGGGGGUGGGCCCGGGGCGAGCCAGAACCCAGGAGCGGGCGGGCUGGCGGAGCAGGACUUGCGGCGCUGGGAGCCGACCCUGAGCUCGACCCGCGUGGGGAGAGCCGAGCUCAGGAGGCGUCAGAGCCGGAGGCGGAGGAGUGAAGUCAGGGCUGAGUGGGCGGAAGAGAGCCUGGGCAAAGGCAUGGCCACUUAUCACCCAGUAGGACACAUGCAACUGCCCCGGGCUGAUGCCAUUCGUUCCCGACUCAUUGAUACUUUCUCUCUCCUUCAGCAUCUGCACGGCUUGAGCCAAGCUGUGCCACGGCACACUAUUCGAGAGAUACUUGAUCCUUCCUGUCAGAAGAAACUUAUGUUGGGAGAUCAACACCAGCUUGUGCGCUUCUCCAUAAAGCCUCGUCAUGUAGAACGGAUUACACAUGCCCAGAGACUGAUGAGCACCCUUCGAGUGCGCUGCAGCCAGAGUCCACCGCUUUCCUUGUGGGCUGGAUGGGUCCUUGAGUGUUCUCUCUUCAGAAACUUUAUCAUCUUCCUCAUCUUUCUGAAUACAAUUGUACUGAUGGUUGAAAUAGAAUUGCUCGAAUCCUCAAAUACCCAACUGUGGCCACUGAAGCUGACUCUGGAGGUGGCAGCUUGGUUCAUCUUGCUUGUUUUCAUCUUGGAGAUCCUUCUUAUGUGGCUAUCCAGCUUUUUCCUCUUCUGGAAGAAUGCCUGGAAUGUCUUUGACUUUGUUGUCACCAUAUUGUCCCUGAUUCCUGAGGUUGUGGUGCUGGUAGGGGUAACAAGCCAUUCCGUAUGGCUCCAGUUGCUGAGGAUCUGCCGGGUGCUAAGGUCUCUUAAACUCUUUGCACGAUUCCGUCAAGUUCGAGUCAUUAUUUUGGCCCUGGUCAGGGCCCUCAAGAGCAUGACCUUCCUCUUGAUGUUGCUGCUCAUCUUCUUCUACAUUUUUGCCGUGGCUGGUGUCUACUUCUUCGAGAAUUACACCCGUUCAACUCGCCAGGACCUGGAGUAUCACAUGUUCUUCUCGGACCUGCUGAAUUCCGUAGUGACAGUGUUCAUUCUCUUUACUAUGGAUCAUUGGUAUGCACUGCUUCAGGAUACCUGGAAGGUGCCUGAAGUCAGCCGUACCUUCAGCAGCAUCUAUGUCAUCCUCUGGUUGUUACUUGGUUCCAUUAUCUUUCGAAACAUCAUAGUAGCCAUGAUGGUUACUAACUUCCAGAAUAUCAGAAAUGAGCUGAACGAGGAGAUGACACACCUGGAGGUUCAGCACAAAGCCGACAUAUUCAAGCGUCAGAUUAUCCAGAGGAGACAAAACCUAAUCCCUGAGGCACAGAGGUCAAGUGUUAGCAAAAUGGAUGCCAGAGAUGCCAAUCAACAAGGGGAAUCUUUGGAAGAGUCCAAACACAGUGCCACUAAAGAGAGUUCAAGAGCAUCUAAGUCAAAAACAAAGAAGUCCUUGUCAAAAGUGAAGAAGUCUGCAUCUUCCUCUUCCUCCUCAUCUUCAUCUUCCUACUGUUCCUCUUCUUCUGGCUCCAGAUAUUAUGACCGUAUUGGUCAGUUGGACUGGGAGACUCUUGUGCACCAGAAUCUGCCUGGGCUAAUGGAUAUGGAUCAGGAUGAACGUGUUGUUUGGCCUAGGGAUUCACUCUUCCGAUAUUUUGAGUUGCUAGAAAAGCUGCAGUAUAACCUAGAGGAGCGUAAGCGGUUGCAAGAGUUUGCAGUGCAGGCACUGAUGAAUUUUGAAGACAAGUAAAGCUGACAGCGGAUGGCUUCGCUAUCUUUGGCAAAAAUUAAUGAAGGGAAGUGUUGGAAAUGGAGAAUUCAAAGUAUAAAUGUCUAAUAAAUCCUGCUGAUAAUUGUACAGUGGUCUGUCUCUGAGACAUAGGGGAUACUGAAAGAUAUCAGAUCAGGUGAAAGUUAGUUCAGAUGCCAGUGAGGCCCAUGGUCCUUGGCUUUCUACCCUUUCCACAGCUCCUGAAUCUCACUCUUUCUUUGGCUUUGUCACUAUAGCCCCCACCUUUUCUAUAGCAUCUACUUCCUGCUAGAGUCCUAAUUUCACCUUCUCCCUCACUGGUGGGUACAGGACCCUGGGGGUUGGGGGUAAGGAGACCCCAGGAGCUGUGAGUGUAACUAAUUGAGAACUGUUGUUUACCUUGCUACUCUAAGAACAUUGCUUCUCCUGGGCACCGUUAACUUCAAUCAAACAUCAUUUUCAUCUGUUUCUGUGCCAAAAAAGCGUCCCUUUAUUCCGUUUCCUUGCCUUUUCUGAGGGCAUUGAUUCUGUUCUGUAGGGGGCGGGGCAAAUCAGUAUGUCCCACAGAUUUUUUAGAGUCAGUCUAUCUCCUGUCAGAGUAGGAACACCUUUUAUAUAGAACAUCACCGAAAGGGGAUUAUCCAAUGUUUUAAUGUUUCUAGUUACUGUUGACUUAUUAUCUAGAGGGCAUCAUGUUCCAUUGUUGGAUGACUCAAGUCUUUAGACAUGUUUAUUAUUAAAAAUUCUAUCAUUUAUUGAGUGCUUAACAUAUAUGAACAUACACAUGUAUGAAGAAUACAUGAAACACUGAAUGGUGUUCUUUAAAAUGGUAAAUUUUAUGUGAAUUAGAUCUCAAUUUUUAAAAUAAAGUAAGAAAAGAUUAUUUGAAACCAAUAACCAACAUUAUGUUUCAAGGAAAAGCAUUUUAGUCAUUCCCCAUAAAAUGUGGGACAAAACAAAAAUAUUUAAAAAAUAAAUGUCAAUAUAUAAUGUUGUAUUAAAAUCUUAUAAUAAGAAAUAAAUACGUGGAAAGAAGAACUACAAAUACUAUUUUUAGACACAAUUGUAUACCUAGAAACCCCAAAGGAAUCAAAUAGAAUUAGAGAUAACAAAGAAUUUCCAUUAAGUACAAAUAGAAGAAUUGAGGACUGGAGAGAGAAACCUGGGAAGGAGGACCACUUAAGGGAUAGGAGGAGGAGGAGCCAGAAAAAAGCCUGAGAGGGAAGAACUGAAGAGACAGGAGGAUAAUCAUUCUAGAGUAAUGUCCCUAGAAUUUCAAGAAAGGAAUGGUCCAGUAAGAUCUGGAUUGGAGCAUCCAUUGAACCCAGCAAUCAGAAUACAAUAAAUAUAAUAAAACAGAAUAAGGAAGUAUUUAAUAAAUCUUACAUGUGCUAUCCACAAAGUAAAUGCUCAUUGAGCAAUAUCAUUGAGUGGCUUUGCUCAAAGUGUGGUCUGAGGACCAGCAGAAUUGGCUUCACCUGACUUGUUACAAGUGCAGAAUCUCAGGUCCCAUCCUCAGGGCCUGUUGAAUCAGGUGUUACAUAUGCACAUUAAAGUUUCAAAAAGCACUGCUUUAUAGCUAUGUGAUGACUGAUCCCUUCCUGCUUUCUGUAGUUAACCUUCCCAAAUGAAUGGCCCAUGCAUGCUGCCUCAUUCUUUAACUCCUUCCUUAACGAAAAUGAUCUGGUUUCAAUUCUACUGGAAUGGAAUUUAUUCAACAAAUUUGCAUUUUUCCUAUGUUCCUAUGUUCCAGACACUGUUAUAGGUGUUUGGAUAUGUCAAUGAAUGAACAAGACAGAGAUCCCUGCCAGUUCUAACUAGCUCCCCAUAAGAUCCCCAAGUAAUAAAUAACUUCCAUGAAGACAGUGAUUUUACCUCCCUCUGUUUUUUUCCCCAAAUUAUCUUUCCAGCAGCCCAGAGCCGUGUGAUAACAUCUGCUUAAAAACAAAACCAAACUUUUUUCUGACUAAAUAAAAACAUUUUAAGGUCUGAGGAUCAAGCCCCACUGGCAAUGAAUCCAUUACUCCUCCAGCUUCCUUUUUUAUCCUUGCCCUAACCUAAUAACCCUGCUAUAACUUUUACCAGUAUUCUCAAGUCAAGGAAGAGAUUCAGGCUCUAUGCCAGGUAAGUAUGAAGCUUCCUCAGGAGCAUUUUGGAAGUGAAGUUAGGAUUUAGAUAUUGUGAUACAAUUGAAUUUUUUCACAUAUGGUUUGUAUUAAGCUUUUAUUUUGGAACAUGGUUUCCCCCUUUGAUCUUCAGUUAUCGCUCACACUGUCAAAUAUCAAUGGAUGGAUACAUAACUUUUUUUUAUGUAUGGUGUUUUAUGUAAGGUGUUUCUGUUUAAGGACACCUUAUUUAAUAUAUAUUGUUGAUUCAUUAGCAUUGACCUCUGUCAACAACACUAUAACUCAUGCUUGAAUAAAGUUUAUCAAACACACGUUUUCUCUGUAAGGUGCAUCACAGCCUUCCUGUGCUUAGGAACACUAGAAAGCACUUCAGCACUAAGCUGGGGGACCAUUUUAAACAGUGAAAUCACCAACAAAAAGCACUAAAAUGCUAAAAUUGUGGCACUAAAUAGAUCAUGAAAAGGACACUGAUUUACAGUAUGAGCAGAAGGUGGAGUAUUGCCUUGUUUCCCAUCCAAGUACUAACCAGGCCCGACCACGCUUAGCUUCCGAGAUGAGAUCGGGCAUAUUCAGGGUGGUAUGGCUGUAGAGGAGUAUUGCCUUGUUUGAACUCAGCUGGGAAUGUACACAUCAGUCGACUCAAAUUUUUUACUACUCUGCAGAUGUCUGUGAAGGAUUGUGAAAAUGCCAUAGGUAUUGAUUUUGGGGUCACAAAUAAAUUUUAGUGAGCAGAGGAAUCUACAACAGAACUCAAAAAUGAGAAUUUACUCUAAAUGCUGUGUGAUAAUCUGGAGCUUUAGGCUAGUUGGCCUUAUGACGCUGCCAUCUCAGUGUGUGGUUUCUAGGUUACCUCAACAGGGAAGAGAGUGCUGGAGCAAUCAUUCACUAGCUCUUAAAUUCUUUCGUCAUUCACUAUCCAUUAGCCAGAGCUAAUCACCUGACCCCACCUAACUGCAAGAGAUCUGGGGACUGCUUGGAUCCUUAGUGAGCAAUAUAUAUCUAUAUUUAAGUUACAAAAGGCAAACCAAAAAGGGAGAAAAACAAUUGCACUUUACAAAGGGAGGCCUCUGUUCUAGUCAGACAGAAAGUGCCCUGUGGUUGAUUUGGGAGAUUGAGGAUGCUUCAGAUUUCUCAACUCCUUUGGCUCCUUGCAAGUAUCUCCAUUCCAAUUGCCAGAUCACAGAGCAUUCCAAUCACCCCACCAAUCUCAUCCAUUUCACUUUAGCAACACACAUGAUUAAUAUCGUGCUCUGGACCCCGGUAAUUUCAGUUUGUUGGCUCUGGUUUUCUCUCUUUCCAUUUGCUCAUCUGAGGAUUGGAACUUGUCUUGCUUUUGUUGAACCUUACCAUAGUAUAAGCAGUAACUUGCUUGUAUUGAAUAAGGCUGAUAUCUUUGCUAUAAAUCCUAAGCACUUCAUCCUCAGUUAGCAGAUAGCCUGAAUCCUUGGCAGCCACAGGAUUGCUUAACCUGAUUGCUCCAUCAUCAUGUGGAGUGCCAAGAAUUUCCCCUCCUGGGUUGAGGGAGUCCUCAUUGUUCCCCUCUCUGCUUGAUUCAGCUAGCUCCAUACUUGUUCUAAAGGUCUUUCACUCAAGACACUACUUCUUGGUGACACUUUCUGUAUUAAUUAGGACUCUUUAGUUUCAAAUAAAAGAAUUCAUAUUGAGCUAGUCUAAUAAUAAUAGUAGUCACAUUUAGUGAAUGUUUAUUCUGUACCAGUGUCUGGCACAUAAUGGGUGCUUACUCUUUUUGAAUGAAUGCCAGGCACUGUGCUAAAUACUUUAAAUGCCUUAUCGAAUUUAAUACUCAUGACAACUCUAUACUAGUAUUUCUCCUUUUUACAGAAAAGAACACUGUGCCACAGGUUUAGAAACUGCCCAGGACACACUGCUAGUAUAUGCUGGAGCCAGGACUUGAGCCCAGCCAUCUCAUUUUUUGCUACCCUAUUAGCAAAAAGAAUUUAUUAUAAGAGGGUUGUUAUAGAAUCAAGGGUGGAAAUUCAAGUGGAUUGCAGAAUGGGCUGGAGCCAGGAGCUAGAAAGCUGUUGGGAACCCAGGCCGUAUUCUUCCUCUGAUUCUCCUCUCUGCUUUUCAGACUAGAUGUACCUUUGAUAAGCAAAGAGAAAAUAUUGGCAAAGUGAUACAAUAGAUCAUUUCACUGGUUCUAACUUUUUGACUCACCUUGGAAAAUCCCAGCACUGCCCUCACCUCCUUUGAUUGCGUGGGCCAAGGUAUUCUAUUUCUUUGGGCCUCCAUUUCCUCAUCUAUAAAAUGAGAAGUUUUUACAAGAGGAUUCUUCAAGUCCUUUCCAGCUCUAAAAUUCUAUGAUCGUGGGCUUCCCUGUUGGUGCAGUGGUUGAGAGUCCACCUGCCGAUGCAGGGGACACAGGUUCGUGACCCGGUCCGGGAAGAUCCCACAUGCCGCAGAGCGGCUGGGCCCGUGAGCCAUGGCCGCUGAGCCUGCGCAUCCGGAGCCUGUGCUCCGCAACGGGAGAGGCCACAACAGUGAAAGGCCCGCGUACCGAAAAAAAAAAAAAUUCUAUGAUCGUAAAUGGACCUUCCGGGACAGAGGCACAUUAAUAAUGGAUUUAAACGUAUGGGUUUGGGCUUUAGAGAAGGGUUCUAAGGAGAGAAGGACAGAAUAUGGUUUGAGUGGAGCCUGUGGUGAAUUACUGUUUAGAACUGGUGUCAGGUAAAGGCCUUGGGGAUAUAUAAACGGAGGGCAGAAAAGACUUCUCACCCUGACCAGGUCAGAGAGAUGGAUCUCUCUGAUCUAUGAGCAGUUUCUGUGUGUGUGUGUGUGUGUGUGUGUGUGUAUGCAUGUGGGGAAUAGCCCCCUUGCAUAGUCACUUAAUCUGGUUUAUUUCUUUUCUCACCUCAGAAUUUUCUAAGGGCUUUCUCCUGGGCCACAGGAAGAGAGCCAGAGGGCAAACCCAAACACUUGAAUGGCCUAAGGAGCAAGUCACUCCUCUCUGUGUCUAUUUUCUUAUCCAUAAGAUGAGAGGUUUGGUCUGUGUGAUCUCUGAAAUCCUGCCCAACUCUUAACAUUUUGUGGCUCUGGGUACUGAAUCAAAAGCCCCUCUCUUCCUGAAUGCUCCAUCCUUAGACCAGACCUUUGUCUUCAUUCCUCUUCUCUGUUUACACCUGGCUGCCCAGAUCCGUUCUCCUGGACCCCUUUCUUCUUCAAUUCCCUCAAAUUCUACUUGCUUUUUAGCUCCUUUGGGCCCUCUUUUGUUCUUAUAUUUCUAUUGUUGUUUAUUUAAUAUUAUUUAUAUAUAUUUCUU